AUGUGGAAGCUCACUGACCGGAGCUUAGAGAAAAUCAUUCAGCGGGACUUCUUCCCUGAUGUGGAGAAGUUACGAGCGCAGAAGGAAUAUCUGGAGGCCGAAGAAAACGGUGACUUGGAGAAAAUGAGACAAAUCGCUAUCAAGUUUGGUUCCUCCUUGGGCAAAUCGUCAAGGGACACCCCCGCACCCUAUGUUACUCCAGCCACAUUUGAAACCCCUGAAGUGCAUCCAGGUGGUCUUCCGCUCGUGAAUAAACCCAAGGUUGGCAUCAAAGCUGCAGAGGAAGGAGAAGGAGAAAAAGAUGAUAAAGAUGUACUUCCCAGUUUGGACAGCUUCUUAGCAAAACACACGAGUGAAGAUAAUGCUUCAUUUGAGCAGAUCAUGGAAGUGGCUAAAGAGAAGGAGAAAGUCAAGCAUGCUUGGUUGUACAGUGCAGAAGAGGAGUAUGCCCAGCGACAAAAUGAGAACCUGGCACUUCCUUCAGCAGAGCAGCAAGCCCUUGAAAACGUGAAAGCUGGGCUGGAGACCUGGGAGUACACAGCUCGGAAUUCCCUCAUGUAUUAUCCCACAGGUGUACCUGAUGAGGAUGAUGUAUUUAAGAAGCCCAGGGAAGUUGUCCAUCGAAACACCCGUUUUGUGAAGGACCCUUUUAGCCAAGCCUUGAGCAAAUCCCAGCUCCAACAAGCUGCAGCCCUCAAUGCCCAGUACAAACAGGGCAAAGUGGGACCAGAUGGGAAAGAGCUGAUACCCCAAGAGUCUCCAAAAGUGAAUGGAUAUGGAUUUGUGGCUACUCCCUCUCCUGCCCCUGGUGUGAAUGAGUCUCCUCUUAUGACAUGGGGUGAAAUCGAAAGCACCCCUUUGCGUUUAGAUGGUUCAGAAACGCCGUAUGUGGACAGAACACCUGGACCAGCUUUCAAGAUCCUGGAGCCUGGGCGCCGUGAGAGGUUAGGACUCAAGAUGGCCAACGAAGUAGCAGCUAAAAACCGAGCAAAAAAGCAGGAGGCACUUCGAAAAGUCACAGAAAACUUGGCCAGCCUCACUCCAAAAGGACUAAGCCCGGUUAUGUCACCAGCUUUGCAACGGCUAGUAAACAGGACUGCAAGUAAAUAUACUGACAAAGCCCUGCGAGCCAGCUAUACUCCUUCCCCAGCCCAUACUGGAACUCCUGGUUACAAGACCCCAGCAGGUGGGCCUAAUACACCCACAAGCACCCCGCUCUCAAGGACAGUGUCUCAGACACCAGUGUCUCAGGAUACUACAUCAAUCACAGACAACUUACUGCAGCUUCCUAAAAGAAGGAAGGCAUCUGAUUUUUUCUAAGUAGUCCUUUCAUCAUCAAGGCAAUAGUGAAUUGGCUGUACCCAGCUGUGUGCCAACUGGAUUUUGUGAUCCAUCAGUAGUAAGGGGUAUGUAAAUGCAGCUGCCAGAACAGGACCCAGCAGCUGCUAGAUCUGGGACCAGCUCUACUCUAGACCAUAUAUCUGAAGUAGCCUAUGAUGUGCUUUUUGGAAGCAAAAUAUUUCCUACUGUGGUAUAACUUCCCUUUGAACUGCAUGGAUGUGUUACACAGGGCUGCAGCAGCAGAAGGAGGCUUUCUGCAAUGGCAGAGAAGAGUUUGGACUCUUGGAAAACAGCAAGGAUUUUGUGAAGAUAUUUUUCUCGUUUUGACAUGACCCUGUGGACUGCAUUUAAAUACUUCUGUGUACAGAUCUCUCUAUUUAUAAAAUGUGGUAAGCCUUCCUCAAAGGCUGA